AUGGGAGAAGCCAGCCAGCCGUCGCAACCACGAAUGAAUCAACCACCGAUCAACGCUCCACCGAUUGUAGCUCCGCAGCGGAAUCAGACUGAAGAUGUUGAGAAUCCUUUGUAUCUCAACUCCAAUGAGAAUCCAAACACCAUCCUUAUCAGUCCUCCUCUCAAUGGCAGUUCGAACUAUGCUUCAUGGAGCAUCGCAAUGCAAGUUGCAUUAGAGGUGAAAAACAAAUGGUUCCUCAUCGAUGGAAGCUUGCCGGCGCCGGACAGAACUCAAAACAACUAUCAAGCGUGGAGAAGAUGCAAUCUGAUGGUGAAGUCCUGGAUACUCAAAACUGUGCAUCCAUCCAUUGCACAAAGCGUGAUGUACAUGGAAGCCGCGAAAGAUGUUUGGAACGAUUUCAGAAAGCGAUUCUCUCAGCGAGAUGCGCACCGUAUAUCAACUUUGCAGAACGAGAUUUACAACCUGAGGCAGGGAAGUCUAUCGGUGAAUGAAUAUUAUACCAAAUGCAGAACGUUUUGGGAAGAGAUAAAAGAUCGAGAAAUAGAUGAAAUUAUCCGAUUCCUGCAAGGCUUAGGUGAUGACUAUAAUCCGCUUAAAUCUAACAUCCUUGUGCUUGAUCCUUUGCCAGAAAUGUACAAGGUGUUCGUUAUGACGGAAAAGUUCGAGAGACAAUUGAACAUCACUAGCUCAAACCUGCAAUUCAACCUUGCCAAUGCCGUUCACAAUGAACUCAGCUCCAAUGACGAAAACAGUGUAGCAGCAGUGAACUACUAUAACGGAAAGAGAAACAUGAACUCAGGUAAUGGAAAUCGAAAUGCUAAAUGCACUUAUUGUGGAAUGACUGGUCACACCGUGGAGAAGUGCUAUAAGAAGCACGGCUAUCCACCGGGAUGGAUUCCGGGGUUCAAAUCCAAGGGAAAACAGCCGGCAAUGGCAGCCUCUGCUAGCUCGGACAAUGCUGCCACUUCUGAACAGCUUCAGAAACUUAUAUCUCUCCUACAGAUCCAAGUUGAUCAACACCAGACUCCUACUACUGCUGAUGCCGUCUCUCUUAUUCCCAAUCUCACAGAACAUGGAGCUCAAGCCGAAGGCAAGUCCUAUUUCACUUCUCAUAUAAAUUCUCUUAAUCUUUGUGAUUCCACUUGGAUUUUGGACUCGGGAGCAACUGAUCAUAUAGUGUGCUCUCGAGAAUUUUUUAACAAUUGUUGUGAAGUUAAGGGAGCUACUGUGAACCUACCUAAUGGAGAGAGAGUUGUCGUUCAACACAAAGGAGAUAUCAAACUGGCAGAAGAUCUAUGGCUGAAGAAUGUGUUACACAUUCCGGACUUUAGAUUCAACAUUGUGUCAGUCAGUAGAUUGCUACAAGACUCAUCUCACAUUUUGUUGUUUAACUCUGGCCAGUGCCUUCUCCAGAAAGCUGGGAUGACCAGUGGUUUUGCUAGGGAAGAAGACGGUUUGUACCUGCUGUGUCAACACCAAAGAUCAAUUCCUACAGCAACUCUGUGA